AUGGCGGCAAUUCCAUUUCCUAACUGGUUUUUCCCUAUUGAGAAAGAAUAUGAAAAAUAUAAGAAAUUGACACAGAUUAGAUCUGUUCGAUUCCCAAAACCAACUGAGGGAAAGUUGUUACCGAAGAUUAGUCACUCGUUUAAGGAAAUCAAACCAGUACUGAAGAAGAGUGAAGAUCACGAUCACCUGACUGCAUUUAAGGAUAUCAUGUUACGGACCUCACUGAGAUCAAUGACAGAACUCUUUAUCAAAUCGUUUGAAAUGGUGAAGGCUGUGGACGUGGAGGGAAUUGUGAUGGCCGUUACUGAGGGUAGCAGAAGAGUUAAGGGUGUGAGGAUUGGAGGUGAAAAUGUAGGGAGAUAUGUUCGAUAUACCGAGAAACAGAUUGAGGCUCUUGACAGAGUUUAUGCAGAGUGCCCAAUUCCAAAUCGUUUUCAGCAGGCAGAGAUUAUAUGUGAAGAACCUGCUCUGAGGGGACUAGAUAACAAACAGCUAAAAAUCUGGUUCCAGAACAGAAGAAGUCGUGAGAAGCAGAAGAAAGAAAGUGACGAUAUCAUGUUAGAAAACAGGCGGUUGACUGCGGCAAACAAUCUUUUAAGGCAAGAGAACGAUGACUUGCGGCAACAUGUUACCCAACUGACAAAUGAGAAUGAGCACUUGAGGAAUCAAAUACUUGACUUAACAUCUCAUAUUACCACCUUUGAUUUGGACCAUCUGCUUGAAGAGCAUCACCCUGAAAUGUGCAGUACAGCGGCUGAUAACAAUAGCAGCCUUUUCUCACUGGCUGCGGAAAUCAGGAAAGAGUUCCUGUCCAAAGCUAUUAGAACUGCUAUUAAUUGUACCCUUGCUCCGGGGCUGAAGGUUUUGACCGUCGCUUUUUACAGAGAUCACCUAGGAAAACCGAGCAACCAGUUCAACUUUAAUUUCUUUUGCUUGCUUGAACGGAAUUCCUUGCAGACAUUUGAAAUGCUCAAGGACCACCCUUCCUGGUCACGAUUUUGUCAUGGUAUGGAUGUUGUUGCCGAGUAUCCUACAAAUGGGGGAGCUAUUGAAUUGAUCUACACGAAGUACUAUGCCCCAACUACCUUGGCUUUGGCUCGAGAUUUCUGGACACUAAGAUACUCUUCUAUUUUAGAUGAUGGCAGCUUGGUGGUAUGUGAGAAGUCAAUUUCUGCUUCUGAUGCUGGUCCAAGUUCUCCCACUGCACUUGAAUUUGUGAGAAUGAGGAUGCUGGCUAGUGGUUAUAUGAUUGGCCCUGGCGAAGAGGGGUCAACCAGACAUAUUGUUGAGCACUAUGAUUUUGAGGCAUCAUCUAUUCCGGUGGUGGUGCGCCCGCUUUAUGAGUCAUCUGAACUUCUCGGGAAGAAGACAAUUGUUCCAGCACUUCUUUAUAUUGAUCAUAUGGCCAAUGAGACAAGUGGCAUCCCAAGACAUUCUUGCUAUGAGGAUCCUGCUCUUUUGAGAUGCUUCUGCCUAAGACUUUCUAGGGGCUUCAAUGACGCUGUCAAUUGUUUCUCUGAAGAUGGAUGCACAUUGAUGAAUGCUAAUUCUAGUGAUGGUAUUAUUAUGUCCGCCAAGCGAACCACUAAUUUUGGAGUCUAUGCAAAUUGUGAUAGUAUACUUUGUCUGAAGGCCUCUUUGCAGCUUCAAAAUGUUUUCCCUGCAAGCUUGGUGAAGCUUCUGGCGGAGUGUCGUGCGGCUUGGAUGGGCUUCAAUGUUAGUGCACUGUUUGGCCAAACCAAUAACAAGGAUAAGAUGAUUAAUGGAAUGGCAGAUCUUGUUCAGAACUAAUCUUUGCACCAAUCGACGCAACUAUACUUAUCUUGUGGAUUUCGGAUCUUCUUGUUGGGUUCUGAUGCAGCUAGGUUCUCAGAAAAUUUUUCUCGAGAGAAAAUAGCACUACUUUCUUCUGCAGCGUUCACAAAUCCAACGUAUGCUACUUCCUCAGAAAUCAUUCACACAGGAAAUUACAUGUUUCACGUAUAGCCUAGCCACAGCUUCAAUUUCAUCCAGAUGUUGUGCUUCAUAAGGAAACUGAAAGGCUAGAACUUCAGUAUGGAUAGAUAUCUAAAAGCAUAUUCACCUGCCCUUGAACCUUGAAUGGCAAAAAAAUGUGGCGUGGUACUAAGGUAAAACCACCUCCAUACAAGAGAAUGCCAGGAAGACCUAAGAUUGCAAGGAGAAAAGCACCUGAGCAAGAAGCAAAGAGUGCUACAACGUUGAACAUAUUUGGCUUACAAAUGAGAUGCCAAAACAAAAGAACCUGUAAAAAUGAAGCUGCUCCUAGGCCACCAAGGGGGAGUAUUAAUUGUUGCAUUUAUACUUGAUUUUCUCCUUUAUAUUUGUAUCUUAAUCUUAAAGCAUUUGUAUGAAUUUUUGAACUGUAGAAAAAGAUUGGAAGGCCAAGAUUACAGGACAGACCUUGUCCUCUUGAAAAUGAGUUUUCUGACGCACUUCUGAAUGACCAAUCAAGAAUUUAUACCCCUAUGUAAGGCAGAAAAAGGAAAAAUCCAGUUAGAUAGGGUACUACACAAUCUGGCCCGGGGCAAAUGUACAAGGAUAGAGCAAUGGCAAGAAAGGGCUAUGGUGUUUACCAAUCUGAAGAAACUGGUGCAAUUUACAUGAAGAUGAGUAGCUUUCUUUAUACAAAUUAAUGGUGCAUUAUCUGUUAGAUGAGGCCAAGUGACAAGAGGACCUGGAGGAGACAUUGUAUGAGCACAAGAAAGUGUGGUCAA